AUGGAUGGUUUUCGUUUAGCUGGUGCUAUAGUAGUUGGCGCGUUAAUCGCUGCAUAUUUAUAUUUUGGCGGGAGGUUUUCGAUAGCAUUGGUCAUUAUAGUUGGUUAUGGUAUUUAUUGUAAUGAAUCCAGCGGUGGUGGCCAAGAUGGUCCAGAGAAGUUAACCUUGAAUACACAGCGGAAAAACUCAUGUUGCAGUGAUAAGAAGACCGCGGAUGGUGGAAAAAAGACUGGCGGAUGUUGUUCUGGUAAGAAAAAAAGUGGUGGUAAUGAAGGAGGUUGUUGUUCUUCAAAAGGGGGUGAGAAGAAAAGCGGAGGAGGGUGUUGCUCAUCUAAAAGUGGAAAGAAAGGAGGGUGUUGUUCCUCUAAAAAGAAGAUUAGUAACAAUGAAAAUGUUGCUCCUGAAGUUGAGGAAGCCAAAAAUUUCCCUGUAACUGUGGAUUUUACAGAUGUUUUUAAGAAGCCCACUAAGAAAAGGUCAAGCACCCCCAAGGUUUUUUCCAAAAGUACCUCGUCAAAAUCCAAAGUUGGUAAAAAAUUAAGUGUUUCAAAGAAGAUUGGUCCAGAUGGAUUGAUCAAGAGUGCUUUAACUAUCUCGAAUGAAACGCUUCUGAGUUCUCAAAUCUACGUGUUAUAUAGUUCCCUGCAAGGUGCGGCUUCGAAAGCUGCAAAAAGCGUUUACGACAAACUAACCGAAUUGGAUGAAUUGACUAAUAAACCAAAACUUUUGAACCUUGAUGACCUGUCCGAUCUCGAUGAUUAUUUCGUAGAUGUUCCUGUUGAAAACGCACUGUAUGUGCUUGUUUUACCGUCUUAUGAUAUCGAUUGCCCCCUAGAUUAUUUCCUACAAACCCUUGAAGAGAAUGCCAAUGAUUUUAGAGUAGAUAGUUAUCCAUUACGAAGGUUGGUUGGCUACACGGUUUUAGGUCUUGGUGAUUCAGAAUCAUGGCCUGAAAAGUUUUGUUACCAAGCGAAAAGAGCCGACCACUGGAUUUCUCGUUUAGGUGGCAGGAGAAUUUUCCCCUUAGGUAAAAUUUGUAUGAAAACAGGAGGUAGUGCCAAAAUUAAUGAGUGGACAUCAUUGUUAGCGGAGACGUUAAAAGAUGAUGAACCAAUCAUUUACGAGUAUGAUGAGAACGCAGACUCUGAAGACGAAGGAGAAGAAGAUAAUGGCAGUGAUGAAUUGGGUGACGUAGAGGAUAUUGGCGGCAAAGAUGGUAAUGACAAAUUUUCAGGUGCAGAUGAAAUCAAACAAAUGGUGGCGAAAGACAGCCCAACAUACAAGAAUUUGACAAAGCAAGGUUACAAAGUUAUUGGUUCUCAUUCGGGUGUUAAGAUCUGCAGAUGGACUAAGAAUGAACUACGUGGUAAAGGGUCCUGUUAUAAGAAAUCGCUUUUUAAUAUCGCAUCCAGUAGGUGCAUGGAAUUGACUCCUUCUUUAGCGUGUUCAUCUAAAUGUGUCUUCUGUUGGAGGCAUGGUACAAAUCCUGUGUCAAAAAACUGGAGAUGGGAAGUAGAUGAACCAGAAUACAUUCUGGAAAAUGCUCUGAAGGGCCAUUAUUCCAUGAUCAAACAGAUGAGGGGUGUGCCCGGUGUUAUUGCAGAGAGAUUUGCCAAGGCAUUUGAAGUUCGUCAUUGUGCCUUGUCUCUUGUCGGUGAGCCUAUUCUUUAUCCUCAUAUCAAUAAAUUUGUUCAAUUAUUACAUCAAAAGGGCAUAACCAGUUUUCUUGUGUGUAAUGCUCAACAUCCAGAGGCUUUGAGAAAUAUUGUUAAGGUAACGCAGUUAUAUGUUUCCAUUGAUGCACCCACCAAGACAGAGUUGAAAAAAGUGGAUAGACCUUUGUAUAAAGAUUUCUGGGAGAGAAUGGUAGAAUGCUUAGAAAUUUUGAAAACUGUGCAAAAUCAUCAAAGAACAGUUUUCAGAUUAACUUUAGUGAAAGGUUUCAAUAUGGGUGAUGUUAGCGCAUAUGCAGAUUUGGUUCAACGUGGUUUGCCAUGUUUCAUUGAAGUCAAAGGUGCCACAUUCAGUGGCUCCUCUGAUGGUAAUGGUAAUCCCCUAACUAUGCAAAAUAUUCCAUUUUACGAGGAAUGUGUAAAGUUCGUGAAGGCAUUUACCACAGAAUUACAAAGACGUGGAUUAGAUUACGACUUGGCUGCCGAACAUGCACACUCUAACUGUUUGCUAAUUGCAGACACCAAAUUCAAAAUUAACGGGGAAUGGCAUACGCAUAUCGAUUUUGAUAAAUUUUUCGUAUUACUAAACUCGGGCAAAGACUUCACAUAUAUGGACUAUUUGGAAAAAACUCCUGAAUGGGCAUUAUUUGGUAACGGUGGGUUUGCACCAGGGAACACAAGAGUGUACAGAAAGGAUAAGAAGAAGCAAAAUAAGGAAACUCAAGAAACCAUAAAAAGAGAGACGCCUCUUCCUGCCAUUCCAGCUUAA